AUGGACACCGGCAUCACCAAAUCUACCUCAGCAGAUGCGAGCAAGGCACAACACCUCUGUGUACUCGUCCACGGCCUCUGGGGUAAUCCGCACCACCUAGAUUACGUCAGGAAAUCACUUGAAGAGCGGCAUGGCGAGGACGAAUUGGUGGUCUACAGCGCAAAGCGAAACGUUGGUAGCUUAACCUACGAUGGUAUCGAGAUUGGCGCCGAACGCGUGGCGAAGGAAAUUGAAGAUGUGAUGGAUCGUCUGAGACAAGAAGGGCAUACAAUCAACAAGUUUUCAAUCGUUGGUUAUUCGUUGGGCGGCCUGGUUGCUCGAUAUGUGGUCGGUUUGCUUUUCCACGCAGGCUUCUUCGACAAGGUCACUCCUAUCAACUUCACCACAUUUGUCACUCCUCACUUGGGUGUACGGACACCGCUUCUCGGCUACCACAACAAUUUGUGGAAUGUGCUGGGCGCGCGAACGUUGAGUACAAGUGGAAGGCAGCUCUUCACCAUUGACGAUUUCCGAAACACUGGUCGGCCGCUGUUGAGUGUUCUCGCCGAUCCAGACUCGAUCUUCAUUCACGGUUUGCGCCUCUUCAGGCAUCGGUCAUUAUAUACGAACGUGGUCAAUGAUCGAUCGGCUGUCUACUAUACGACAGGAAUUUCGGCGUUCGAUCCGUACACAGAUCUCGAAGCCGUGAACCUGCGAUAUCUGAAAGGCUAUGAGUCUGUCAUUCUGGAUCCUGAUAUGCCUGUGGAGAGGGCGCCGCCAAAGCAAGACCUCCCGACCUUCUACGAUAGAGUGCGCGGUGGCAGCCGCACCUUCGUCCGUAGGGCACCGAUUGUCAUAGCACUGAGCUUGCUGAUACCCGUUGCCAUCACCGUCUUCAUGAUCAAUUCGGGCUGGCAGACUUUUCGAAGUCGACGGCGAAUACAGUUGCAUGAAAGCGACAGUGACGGAUCCUUUGGUGGCUAUCGAAUACCAUACCUGGUCCGAGAAAUGCGGGUGGGCCUUGAGGAUGCCUUCGAAACAGUCAACUCAAGCCGACAGCAGGAGUAUCUUCCCGAAGGAUCAGAAGAAUUGGCCAUUGCACCACCAUCGCCGAAGCUGACUCGAUCUGACACAAAGGAUUCUGUACUGUCAGAAAAGUCGGAAGCCACGACCAGAGCCGAUUUCCCCACGUUAGCAUUGACAACCGAUCAAUUUUCCAUGAUCAAGGCCCUGGACAGCGUUGGUUGGAGAAAGUAUCCAGUCCAUAUUCAGAAGAGCACCCACAGUCACGCAGCAAUCAUUGUGCGGUCAGCACGUGCCGCAUUCGAGGAGGGCAAGACUGUUGUUAAGCAUUGGCUGACCGAGGAGUUCGAGGUCUGA